AUGAUGGCGGGCACCCUGGCAGGAUUCUCUCUUACCACUGUCUUCUACCUUUUUGCUUCUUGCGUUUUAUACGUUUUCGCUGCCGAUUGCAAAACUGCAACAGUAGGAAGCCCCGAUAGUACAUGCUUUGACAUAUACACACAUGCAGGAAUCACAGCAGCUCAGUUCGCGUCGUAUAAUCCCGGACUUGAUUGCUCUAAACUUCAAAUUGGUCAAAAAGUCUGUAUAUCUGCGGGUUCACUACCUUCCAACGCACCGCAUACCUCUCCAAACGGCACUUGCUAUGAAUAUGUGACUCAGCCUAACGACAACUGUUUCGGGAUCGCGACCAAGUUCACCAUUACGGUUGACCAGAUCGAACAAUGGAACAAGAACACAUGGAAAUGGAAAGGUUGUUCCGGCCUUCAAAUUGGCUUCACGAUGUGUGUAUCUCCAGGAGACCCCCCGCCGAUCCCGAUAAUACCCGGCCUACAGUGUGGACCCCAAUCGGAAGGCAACAAGACAUGCCCUUUACACGCAUGCUGUAGUGCGUUUGGAUAUUGUGGGCUCACAGACCAGUAUUGUACCACGACUGGCCCAAAUCCGUGCAUAUCGAAUUGCGGUCAACCUACCCUUCCAAGUUGUUCUCCAGGUCGUUCGCUGGGGAGGUAUAUUGCUUAUUAUGCAGGUUGGGGAAAUCGUCGUACCUGCGGCACAAACGUCGCUCCAGCUGACGUUAACUGGGAGGGAUUCACAGACGUCAAGUUUGCAUUUGCAACGAUCAGUCAAGGGAUGGAGAUUCAACUUGCUGGUCCGGACGUCUCUCUCCUGCAGGAGUUGGUGGCACAAAAAGAUCAUCAUCCAUCGAUGAAGGUCACCAUUGCGCUUGGGGGUUGGGAUUUCUCUGAGAUGGAACCAACACGGGAUUUGUUCAGCGUCAUGAUAUCGUCCUCUGCAAACAGAGCGAAAUUCAUAACGUCUGUUAAGAAUAUGAUGUCAACGUACAAACUGGACGGUAUUGCCACACCUGCUGGUUAUUGGUUCUUGAAGGGAUUUGAGAUUGACAAGAUUGCUGAAAACGUCAAUUAUUUGAACAUGAUGUCAUACGAUUAUCAUGGCCAAUGGGAUACUAACGUAACUGACCAAGCACCAGUCACCAAUCCUCAUACAUCACUUCUCGACAUGGAAACUAGUGCAGCGCUUUACGUUCGUGCAGGAAUAGACUUAUCGAAAGUGAACCUAGGUUUGGCAUGGUAUGGCCGUACGUAUCAUACGGCCGAUCCUUCGUGUGUUGGGUAUAACUGCACGAUGACUGGCGGAGGCUUCCCGGGAGAUUGCUCCCUGACUUCGGGUUACUUGACCCAGUUUGAGAUUGAUCGCCUUCUGAAUACCGGGAUUAGUCCCAAGUUGGAUGGACCUACUCAGACGUACUGGUUCAAUACCCAGGGUGCAUUGAUAACAUUCGAUCAAGAUGAUACCUGGAACGCCAAAACAAACUUUGCAUCGACUAGGUGCUUCGGUGGAACUUUCAUCUGGUCUGUUGACCAACGAACAGACAAUGUCGUCAGUGGAGGCAACGGCUCUGGUUCUGGUUCUGGCGGCGGUGCUGGCCAAUUCACGCAACUGACAUGGAAUCCAAACCCCUACCCUCCUUCAGGUGCUCGCUCAGAGACAUUCGUACAGUCGGCUGGUAGUUUCCCCACAGUCGUCACUAGUGUUGUGAAUCAGGAAACACGGACUGUUACGGACACGGCAGUGAUACCUGCUCACACGGACACUGAGACCGUGUGGACCGUGGUCGGUGGAAGCGCGACCACCACGGUCGCUACAACACAAAUUCCAGCCUCCACGAUCACUCGUGUUCGGACGCUGACAUCAACUUCCGUUCUAUCAGUUACAACUACAGUGUCUAAAUCCUCAACUUUGGUGGUCAUUCCGGUACCCGUUAGUACCACAACCGUUACAAUACAAGGGCUGACGCUUACCUUGGCGCCCGGUGGUACCCCAGUCAACUCUCCGCUUCCAACCUUUAUUUCUAUCCAAAGUGGAAUUACACCAAAGUGGACCUAUAAUAUCAUACCGCCUUCUGAUGCUACGAGCGUUACUUUUACUGCACCUCUCACAUCCACACCAACAUGGUCUUCCACUGUUCGCGUUCCGCCCAAGUCCACAGAUCCCCCUGCAACGGUUACCGGGCCGCCCGGUAGUAAAGAUGACCGUUGUGAUUCUGGUUCCAAUAUCUUUGAGCUCCUUUGGAAUCACCUUAUUGAUGGGUGUUUCCCUCCGGUUGUUGGGAUUAGAGGAGGUAUCACGCCUACACCCAUCAAACCCCCUGGCUGGACAGGACCCUGGAGUGAUCCCCAUCCUCUUCCAACUGGCCCACCUGGUCCAGGGGAUGGUGAUCCGUCCACCACCACUACAACGUCCACAACCACCUCUUCCACUUCAUCAUCGAUUUGUGCUCUACAAACACAACCCCCUUAUGACCUACCGUCGGAUGGGAAUGACGAAGACUCGAAUUUAAGGAGGAGACAAGAAAGAGCCGUGCAACAUCAACCCAGAGCUGGAGGGCGGAGUUUGCUUUGUGUUAGGCUUCUCAAAAUUCUCCUUUCUGACCCUUGCUUUAGGUAUAAACGUCAAUGA